AUGGCCGAAUCUCCCGUGGAUGUCCUUCUUAAGGGCAGCUCCGGCAGAAGUGCGCGCGGCCUGCUGCGUAUCAUCAUUCUGGUAACUAUCGCAGCCGCUGCUGUUUCCAGUCGAUUGUUCAGUGUUAUUCGCUUCGAAAGUAUCAUCCACGAAUUCGAUCCGUGGUUCAACUUCCGGGCAACGAAAUACCUAGUUCAGAAUGGCUUCUACGACUUUUGGGAUUGGUUUGAUGACCGGACAUGGCAUCCUCUCGGGCGGGUUACCGGAGGAACUCUAUACCCUGGUCUUAUGGUGACCAGUGGUGUCAUUUACCAUGUUCUCCGAUUCCUGACCCUCCCCGUUGAUAUUCGCAACAUUUGUGUCCUACUGGCGCCCGGGUUCUCUGGGCUAACAGCGUUCGCGAUGUACCUCCUGACCAACGAGAUGUCCUCCUCUCCCUCGGCAGGACUCCUUGCGGCCGCUUUCAUGGGCAUCACCCCUGGUUACAUUUCCCGCUCAGUGGCAGGCAGUUACGAUAACGAAGCGAUUGCCAUUUUUCUUCUGGUCUUUACCUUCUUCCUCUGGAUCAAGGCCGUGAAGAACGGUUCCAUUAUGUGGGGAGCACUGGCUGCUCUAUUUUAUGGCUACAUGGUGUCCGCCUGGGGUGGAUAUGUCUUCAUCACUAAUCUGAUCCCCCUGCAUGUCUUUGUCCUACUCUGCAUGGGGAGAUAUAGCUCCAGGCUGUACAUCAGUUACACCACUUGGUAUGCGCUAGGAACUCUUGCCAGCAUGCAAAUUCCUUUCGUUGGGUUCCUGCCAAUCCGCAACAGUGACCACAUGUCUGCCUUGGGUGUCUUUGGCUUGCUUCAGCUGGUGGCCUUUGCGGAAUUUGUCCGCAGUUUUAUUCCUGGCAAGCAAUUCCAGAGACUUCUCACUGCCUCGAUUAUUCUUACAACUGGCCUCGCCUUUGCUGGGCUUGUUGUCUUGAGCAUGUCGGGGGUUAUCGCUCCCUGGAGUGGUCGUUUUUACUCUCUGUGGGAUACUGGCUAUGCCAAGAUCCACAUUCCUAUCAUUGCUUCGGUUUCGGAGCAUCAGCCCACCGCUUGGCCAUCGUUCUUCUUUGAUCUCAACUUCCUCAUCUGGCUCUUCCCUGCAGGUGUUUACAUCUGCUUUCGUGAUCUCAAGGAUGAGCACGUGUUUGUCAUCAUCUACGCUGUCCUUGCGAGUUACUUCGCUGGUGUCAUGGUCCGACUAAUGCUGACCUUGACUCCUAUUGUGUGUGUUGCGGCUGCCCUCGUUCUGUCGUACAUCCUCGACACCUACCUGAAGACCUCGCCUGGCCCAGUUACUCGCGGAAGGUCAAACGACGAGUCCUCUGAGGGGCUUCGUUCAGCCAGGUCCCCCGAAGUCGGAAUCACCUCUUACUUCUCCAAGGCUGUAACGACAUCCGCUGCCAUUGUAUACCUCCUCUUGUUUGUUGCGCACUGCACCUGGGUGACAUCGAACGCAUACUCAUCACCGUCUGUGGUCCUAGCUAGCCGAAUGCCUGAUGGAAGUCAAUUCAUCAUCGACGAUUACCGUGAGGCAUACUACUGGCUUCGCCAGAACACCCCGGCAAACUCCAAGAUCAUGUCGUGGUGGGAUUACGGUUAUCAGAUUGGCGGUAUGGCGGAUCGCCCGACGCUUGUUGACAACAACACGUGGAACAACACCCACAUUGCCACUGUUGGAAAGGCCAUGAGCUCUCGCGAAGAAGUCAGCUACCCGAUUCUCCGCCAACAUGAUGUCGACUAUGUCUUGGUGGUCUUCGGUGGAUUACUCGGAUACUCCGGUGAUGAUAUCAACAAAUUCCUCUGGAUGGUCCGUAUUGCGGAAGGCAUCUGGCCUGAUCAGGUCAAGGAGCGAGAUUUUUUUACUCCAAGAGGCGAGUACCGCGUGGACGACCAAGCCACACCGACCAUGCGCAACAGCUUGAUGUACAAAAUGUCCUACCACAACUUCAACAAGCUCUUCCCUAUGGGUCAGGCUACUGACCGUGUCCGCGGAGCCAAGCUCCCGGCCGAAGGCCCCCAACUCUCCACAUUGGAGGAAGCCUUUACCAGUGAAAACUGGAUUAUCCGUAUCUACAAGGUCAAGGAUCUCGACAACCUGGGGCGGGACCACAGCAACGCUGUCGCCUUUGACCGUGGAAAUAAGCGAAAGAAGGCGAGUAAGAAGAAGGGACCUCGUGUUCUGAGGUCCGAGUAA